UUUCAGUAGUAAAGUAAGCCAGCCAUGGAUUUGAUCUCUGGAGAUGCCAUGGAAUUCAUCUCUGGGGAUGAGCAGCUGUUUUCCCCAUUCUUUCUCCCCAAUCUCCAAACACAAGAUGGCAUCCCCACCGAUCUUGAUGCACCCCCUGCACCCGAAAGUGCUGCGGCCAAUCCGCCGGGACAUCCGGCCCCGGCUGGUGGAUGCCGAAAAAUUCCCCGCGGGGAAGUUGAGAGGCAGCGGCGCAGCGAAAUGGCUGCCCUCUGCGUUUCUCUUAGAUCACUCCUUCCCAUUGAGUAUCUCAGGGGGAAGCGGUCGACAUCGGACCAGAUGAACCAGGCAGCAAGCUACAUUACCCACCUGCAGAAGAAGAUCGAGGAGCUGGUCGAAGUGAGGGACAAUCUGAAAAGGGCUUGCAAGUGCGGGUUUAAAAUGUCGCCCGACCCUGGCCGCGGUGUCAUGGAGCAGUUAGAGGUGAGGGAGUGCGGAGAAGGGGUGGAGGUGGUGAUGGGAGGGCCGAGGGGUGCAGCCUGCGCGUCUCGUGUGGUGGGUGCGAUUGAAGAGGAAUCGAUGGGGUUGGAGGUGGUGUCUUAUGUGUAUACGACGACCGGGGAUCGGUCAUUCGACGUUGUGAAGUCGAGGAGGAGUGCCAGAGGUGGUGGUGCAACGGCUGAUAUCAGAAAGAUCAAAAGGCAGUUGGUGCAGGCCCUUCAGCCCCACCAUUGAUCUCUCUCUCUCAAACCUCUUUGUCGCUUAAGAGUGAGGGCAAAGGAUAGAAACCAAACCUGGGCUUGUGAAUGCAUACUGCUCUACAAUCUCUUUCUCCAGUGUUACUACAAUCUUUGCUCAAAUUUUACCUUUGGAAUGUAUGCACUAAAAAAAAAACAUUACUAGAUUCUAUUGUUAAGACAUUGUAUUUUUUACUUAGGCUGUCCUUUUUGUAGAGGGUCAAUUAGACUAUUUUGCCCCUUUGUUAAAAAUAAAAUAAAUUCCUAGUC